GUUGUUUUUUCUCCUGCUUUUAUCACUUUGUUAAGAAAGCUCGACCACUCUAUAUUGUUUUUAGCCCAAAAGAGUUACUAUAAAGAUGCUAAGCUGUAUUUAGCAAAGUUUCAGCGCCUUCUCCAUCAAGCCUUACUGUUUGUGAAAAUAGACGUCACAAAAAGCUUUAAAUCUGCUUCUUACAACUCACUUUUACAUUUACAAAAAAAUGAUGAACUUUUUUUUUGUCUGUAUGGAGCUUUUAAAGCGAACUCUCUCAUUAAAGGUUUAAUGCAAGAACUCUACUUAAAACGGCAACAGCAGGCAGACUACUUUGAAGUUUUCUCCGAUUGCGAGACUUGCUACUUUCGGCAGCGUCGCGCACUUCUUUUUAAAGUAGUAAACAAAAAAAUCGCUUCUAUAGAGUUUAAAGGACCCGAGCUCAUCGCCCCCUACGCCCGUCAGUGUUGCUCGUUCACGCUUAGAAUAUAUCAGCAAGAAGUCGAGCUUUAUGGCCUAUUUUUUCCUGCUUAUACUCAACUUCUCUUUGAGUACCUCGAAGAUUUAUUAGAGAAUUUAUACAACCAACUACGACCAAAGAUAAUCAAACUUAUCGUCAUAGAAACGCUAGCUGAACUAUGCGAAGUGCUGAGCUCAGAAUUUUUAGACUUAAAAAAAAGUCUCCCUUUUGUAAGCUUUAAUGCGACCAUUCGUCAGCUGAUUCAAGAUGUACAAAGCCGUCUAAUAUUUCGUGCACAGAUCUUUAUUAUAAAGGAUAUUGUAAAUUUUAAGCCUACACCCGAAGAUUUGGACUACCCAGCUAAACUGACUACUGGAGAUCGUUACGAUCAGUGGUGCAAACCGUUGCAGAAAACGCUUGCCUUUUUGGCUACGAUCUACCGUUGCGUUGACUAUGUAAUUUUUAGAGGUCUUGCUAGUGAGGCUAUCAGCGCAUGCCUUAGUUGCCUACAAAAUUUAAGCGAUCUUCUGGCUCAAAAAUCAGAACUGGACGCAUGCCUGUUUCUCCUUGCGCACUUACUGCUUCUAAAAGAGCAAUUAACGCCCUUUGACAUCGGCUCAACCUGGCAAAGGGAGUCCAUAGCAGAAACAGAGAUAACUGACCAGGAAGAGCCCGCUUCUUACGAUCUUCUUCAGCUUUUUACAAGAGACGGGCCGCUCGUACCUGUCCCUUUUUCUCUUCCUAAGGAGAAAGUUGAACAGCACUUCGAAGUUGCUUACGAAGCCUUUUUGCAAUUUUCUGUUAAAUAUUUCACUGAAUUCCUGCGCGAUUCCGUUGAAAAGAACUCUUUGAACAAGUUUUCGGCUGAAGAGUCUCUUAAAUCGUUCAGGUGUCCUUGUCUAGCCGAACUCCAAGCUAAAAAUAAGUUAUUCUGUGAGCGCCUGCAUCUCUACUUGGGCGAAGUAAAGGAAGAGCAGGAACUCUACGCUGUAGUUAAGAAAAAAGUUUUGGAUGGUUAUCAAAUCUUCUGCCAGAAUAAUUUAAGCAACUUUGACUUUUCGGAACUUUACAAUUCAAUUCCUCGAAUCCUUAUUUAUGACAAAAAAAUUUAUGACUGACCGUAAAGACUUUUCCUUACUAACAGCUUUAAAGAAACCGUUUUGAGUGCUUUUGAAAAGAGUCGGUGGACUUUGCACCUUUCGCAGUCCUUGCACGUGUGUGUAUGGGAAUUAAGUGCAGUGAUUCUGGUCCCUUCGGAAUUUUUAGUAAGCCCGUAGAGAAGAGUCAGUGUUUCUUCGCACCACUUUAAUAAUCCGCCUAGCUUCUUUCCAUAUGAAGUCCCAACUGCAGUGCAUUUCGUAGACCAUUUUUGAGAGCGCUAAAAAUUUUUUACGGGUCUGAACAUAAUAAAUCACCUCGCGAGCAGUACAAAGGGUAGAGAUUCCCUUUUGGAAGUAGUAAAGCUUGAAAAAGGGAAAGAAAGUUUAUUCCAGGUAAAUACCGUAGGUAAGGAUUCGAAGAAGAAACCGUUGAAUAAACUACUUUCUUCGUUUGCAAAAAACGUUUCACAUACAAGAGAAGUUUUUUUAAAAGUUGGGGAAGCCUUAAAUUUUUCAAGAAGGGGCCUUUCGGUGAUGUGGUCAACUUUAUUUUUUAGAACCCGGAAUAUAUACUAAGAACUACAAGCUGUGCUAUAACCGGAAAGGAGGCUCAAUUUAAAAAUAGACGAACAUAUUAAGAGACAACGGAACUUUUUCUUUCAACAAUUUUUUAAUGAAAUAAACCGCCAUCGGCCAGUUUCUUUCGUAGUAACAAACUUUAAACAAUAAUUCUUAAAAAUGAGCUUUAUA